UCGGCAAUGUCUUGGGCCCCACUUUCCCUCCAAUCCCAGAGGAGAUCCCUUCGAAUCUUCUUCUUCCUCCUCUUCCCUUUGCUUCUCAUAUCUUCUUUCCUUUCUACAAAAACCAAGGGAAAUGAGAGCUCUGAAUUCCAGAUUAAUUUUAAUUGAUAUCACCAACGACGCCGUCUCAUGGAGCCACCGUCAGCGGCAUUCCCACUUCAUCACCAUGUCCCAGCGCGGCGGAGCUCAUCAGAGAAUGUCAACCUCGCCUUUGAAGCAAUCUCAGCCCUCGAUUCUCCGGACCCCGCAGAUCCGGAAACCGUCGGAUCGAGCCACGUCUUCGAAUGGGUCUUCGUCGGCUUUGACUUCCCGAUUGGAGGCGUGCACGGAGCUCGAUUUGUUCCUCGAAAUGUUGCCGUUGAGGGUGAGGAGAGAGCUUAGCCGGCAUGGUGAGAUAGGGGAGUUGAUUGAGGUGGUUAUGGAUUUGGGGAGGAAGCCUCUCGCUAGGUUUCCUUUCGGGGAUUGGAUUAUUUCGGAUCAGCCUGUUAAGCAUGAAGAUUUAGUGCACGCCACAUCUAAGGUUGGUGACUUUUCUGAUGACAACCGUUCCGGAAUCGAUAGAUCUUUACAUCGCAUUAGCGCUAUUAGAAACCGUAAAUUGCAAAUUAUCGGCCUCACUUGUCGGGUGGGUCGAGCUGUGUCUGGAAGUGCUGAGAUUAUUCGCGACUUGGUCGAGGGAGGAGGUUCCAUCCUGGUCAUAGGUCCUCCUGGAGUUGGCAAAACAACCUUAAUCAGAGAAAUAGCUAGAAUGUUGGCAGAUGAACACAUGAAGCGUGUUGUCAUUGUGGAUACAUCGAAUGAGAUUGGAGGUGAUGGAGAUGUCCCCCAUGAAGGAAUAGGGCGUGCAAGGAGAAUGCAAGUUCCAAAUGUAAAUUUGCAGCAUAAUGUUAUGAUUGAGGCUGUUGAGAAUCAUAUGCCUGAAACCAUCAUAAUUGAUGAGAUUGGUACAGAGCUUGAAGCAUUAGCUGCCAGCACUAUCGCUCAACGAGGUGUUCAGCUGGUUGGAACAGCCCAUGGAAUGACUAUUGACAACAUAAUAAAGAACCCUUCUCUGCAGAUCCUUGUUGGUGGCAUCGAGAGUGUAACUCUGGGUGAUGAAGAAGCAAGGAAAAGGAAAGUGCAAAAGACUAUUCUCGAACGAAAGGGCCCACCGACUUUUACAUGUGCUGUUGAGAUGAUAUCUAAGACCGAGUGUCGUGUCCAUCAUAGACUUGAUGCAACUGUGGAUGCUAUACUGGCUGGGAGAUCUCCUUUAUUUGAAACCCGUCAGAUGGAGCCUGAAGCUAGUGUUCCUAUCAAGUCUAUUGUAAUGGCUAAAAUCGACCAUCGUGAACUAUCUCACAUGCUUCUUAAUGAAGGAAAAAGUGCUGAAGUUCAUUAUGAUGAGGAAGAUGAACAAUCUGUCUUGCAUGUUAAUGAAGAAAAACGUGCUGAAGUUGAUUUUGGUGAUGAAGAUGAAGAUGACCUUCCUAUUCCUAGAAAGAAACACAGGUUUACCAGGUCCGCUAGCAAACGGAGCUCACCGAUAUUCGUUUAUACUUACAAGAUCCUGGAAACGGAUCUCUUACAAGUAGCAACAGUAAUGGGACUUGAAGAUGAAAUAGAUGUCACUGAUGACAUUGGGAUGGCCGAUGCAGUUUUAGUAUCGGCCUCCGAAAUAAAGCAGAACCCGUGGAUUCGUGGAAUAGCAAAGUUCCACAAGUUGCCAAUGUUUGUCAUUAAGUCAAAUACCAUGGCACAAAUGGUCAAGGCAGUGCGCAUGAUUCUCGAGAGGGAAUCAUACACCUCGAAGUCGAGGCUUCUUAACAUAAAUUCUUCCGAUAUUGAGGUCGAAGAUGAUGCACCAAAACGAAAACCCACCUUGGAAGAGAUCGAUGCCUUAGAGGAGGUUCGCCUAGCGAUUGAGUAUAUCGUUAUUCCCGGUGGUGAACCCGUUGAACUUCUUCCAAGACGUUCCGAAAUAAUUGCCCGUCAACUUGAGCUUGUCAAAAGCUAUCAGUUGGAUGCAGAAAACUCAGGUACUGAGCUUAACCCAAGGUUGCAAAUUCUUCCUCAUAGAUUGAACAAAAAACUUCCAUCAAAAUCCCUCAAAACUACAUCGAAUUUACAAAAUGAGACCGGAUUGAAGCCGCUAACUGAUACCAAUGGAGGAACAAGUGUUACAAGGCUUCCCUUCCUGCCUGAAUAAACCAUUAUUUCAAUCAUAUGAAUCAAUGAUUGAUACAAGGCUCCAAUUCUUGUACAGUUUAUAAAUAGGUUAUGUAUCUCAUCAUGUAAUUAUUUGACAUUGUAAAAUGUAAAAGCGUACUACAACUAAUCAUAAUGCAAUUUACUAUCGUUUUCUUUCUCAA